AUGGACCACGUGAGGCUAACGGGUGCAGUGUCGAUUUCAGCAAAGCCUUUGAUACGAUCGACCAUCGAAAACUACUAUCAAAGCUUGAAGCGCUCGGAAAGUAAUAGGGCUGAACUGAACUGGAUUAGCAACUACCUUUCAGAUCGCCCACAGUCUGUUCAUUAUCAAAAUGCCUUAAAUGCUUUGGCUGAUUCUAGCGUUAUAACUUCUGGCGUACCUCAAGGGUCCAUCCUUGGCCCUCUACUUUUUGUAAUUUUUGUCAACGAAAUGCCUAGCACCGUCUCUCGUUGUAGCGUCAUAAUGUAUGCCAAUAACACUGUGCUAUUUUUCGCAUCACAAAAUGUUGAGGAGAUUGAGGCCGUUUUGAAUCAGGAACUAGACACUCUGUAUUCCUGGCUUACUGAGCCUCUUUUUAAACAAGAAGAAGACCGAGUUUAUCGUAUUUGGUACUUCAGCUAG